UAAAGGUUAUGUAAUUUAACCUAACUUUUUUGGUUCAAGUUUAAAAAAAAAAUGUUGCGAAAAGUGAUAAAAUCGACUAUAACGUUAAAUGCCCUUUGGCCGCUUAAUUAUUUAAUUGAUUAUGAUAAAUUAAGUCAAGAAACCCCCACAGAACAAAAAGUGGAUUUAUCAACUUUGCCAGAGGAGACAGGUUGGGACAGAUUGAAACGGAUUUUUGAGGUCGAUGACUUUGGUGAUGUUAGCAAAGAAAUUCUCACUGUCUUGCACGUUGGGGGCAUGAGUUUAUUUGUGGGGGGUAUCUAUGGCGGGGUUAUCCACAGUAGGGUAGCUUUUGUGAAUUUUCUGAAAAACAAUCAAGCGACAGCUUUUAAUGAUCAUUUCGAAGCAAAGAAAAAAUUGCAAGAUGCUGUUACCAAAAGUUUUGGUAAGGGGGCCUGGAUGUGGUCUUGGAGACUUGCAACAUUUACAACGUCUUUUACGGCUAUUUCAACUGGAAUUUCUGUGUACCGGGGAAAAUCAGGCAUUCUUGAAUARGUAGUUGCAGGCUUAUGUAGUGGUUCAUUGUACAAGUGGAAUAUGGGCCCUAGGGGUUGGAUAGUUGGGGGCGGAUUAGGGGCAGUAUUAGGCUUCAUAGCGGGUGGUGCCACUUUAGGUUUGUUAAAUUUAACAGGAAUGUCGAUGGAUGAAGUUAGAUAUUGGCAAUACCAUUGGCAACGUGAACGAGAAAAUUAUUCUAAAAAGGGUAUGGCGGAAUAUCUUGCCAAGGAAGAAGGGGAAGUCAUCUAUCACCACAAUAAGAAAAUUGGAGAAUCUGGAAAAACAAUCGAAAAUUUAGAAUAAUUAAUUGUGAUAAAUUUUAUUUCAUGUAACACAAAAGCGACUGAUAGUUAAUACUUCAUGAUUUAUACAAUGAGCUUUCAAAUACAAAAAUAUUUGUUAUGAAAAAGCUAUAAAAACACCUAGUUGAGCACAUGUAAACUAAAUAAAUAAUUUAUAUAAAGCAUUACAA